CCCGGAGUGAAGAAGAACAUCCGCGCAUGCGCACUUGUCGGUGAAGAAGCCAACAUGGAGGUGUUCGUGAGCGCUCCGAGCUGCAGCUUCGCUAACUCGGUGUUUCCAGGAGGCUCUGCGGUCCGAGACGUCCUGCACAGGUUCACCCGGCUGCAGGGAGUUUCCUGCGAGGAUUUCUACGUCACCAGAAAUGGCCGGCUGACGGACCCCGAGGACGCUCUGCAGCAUGGCGCCGUCUAUCGCCUGGAGCCCCGCCUCUGCGGAGGGAAAGGAGGGUUCGGCUCUAUGCUGCGAGCGCUGGGCGCUCAGAUCGAGAAGACCACGAACCGCGAGGCCUGUAGAGACCUGAGCGGACGCCGCCUCCGAGACGUCAACCACGAGAAAGAGAUGGCGGAGUGGCUGAAGAAGCAGGCGGAGCGCGAGGCGGAGAAGGAGCAGCGGCGUCUGGAGCGGCUGCAGAGGAAGCUGUCGGAGCCCAAACACCAGUUCGCCGACCCGGAGUACCAGCGGCAGUGCCACGACCUGUCGGAGCGGCUGGAGGACUCGGUGAUGAAAGGUCUGCAGGCGUCCUCCGGCGGGCAGGUGAAGCCCGACGACGGCUCCGCGGCCAAGAGGCCAAACCCCGAUCAGAGCGAGCCGCCGCUCAAGAAGAAGAAGGCGGCACCGGUGGCGUGUUUCUGGACGGGCGUGGGUGAGCUGGACGAGCUGCUGAGCUCAGAGGACGAGGACGAGUCUCCGUCCACGUCCGCCUCCAGCUGUGGAGCUGCCGCCGUUACCAUGACGGCACAGACAGAGGAGGCGGAGCCUGGGCAGAGCAGCAGCUCAUCUGCUGACCAGAGUCCUCCAGAGACCCCCAGGGACCAGACCACCACACCCCCAGAGGACCAGAGUCCUCCAGAGACCCCCAGGGACCAGACCACCACACCCCCAGAGGACCAGAGUCCUCCAGAGACCCCCAGGGACCAGACCACCACACCCCCAGAGGACCAGAGUCCUCCAGAGGAGAAAUUCGUAGAAGCUUCUAAACCAUCGGGGUCCAGCGGUCCGUCUCAGCAGCAGGGCGGCCCCGCGCUGGAUCUGUCCUCGCUGUCCUCGCCCGCCCAGCUGGAGGAUCUGGGUCUGGACGUCCUGAAGCGGGAACUGACGUCUCGGGGGUUAAAGUGUGGGGGGACGGUCGCGGAGCGCGCCGCCCGGCUCUUCUCCGUCAGAGGGCUAACGCCGGAUCAGAUCGACCCGGCGCUGCUCGCCAAACCGGGAAAGGCUAAGAGGAAGUGAAGAGGUCGAAGGUCACCGGGUAGAAACCAGCAUCAGACCCGGCUUCAGGGUUCUGACUCUUACUUACUGAGUUUAUUUGUAGACAUUUUGUUGUUCAACGUGUUUCAGGUUUAUCCAAUCAGAGAGCGGCGUUUCAGUCUCGUGUAAAAAGUUAUGAUUUUUUCUUUUAUUAAAAUAUGUGAAAUAAAAA